AUGGGGGGACCAUCUCAGCUAGGGGCGAGUACUGGCAAGGUUCGAUUUAUACCUCUCAGCUAUAACCAAGUCGAAUCGCAAACCACGGCUCUACGCCUCAUUCUUACCCUCCGGCCCGAAUGGGAACAUAAUGGGGGGAAAAUCGAGUUCAUACGGUUCACCGAUGGCAUCACGAACACACUGUUGAAAAUUGUGAAUAAGAAGCCUGGGCUUUCCGCAGAGGAGAUAGACAAUGAGGCAAUUCUGCUGAGGGCGUAUGGGAAGGGCACCGAUCUGAUCAUUGAUCGUGAACGGGAAACUCAAAAUCAUGAAUUGCUCAUGCAACACAAUCUUGCCCCAGAAUUACUAGCGCGAUUCCACAAUGGGAUGUUAUACCGUUUCAUUCGUGGAGCUGUGACAAGUCCGGCAGAUUUCCAAACACAGGACAUCUGGAGAGCUAUAGCGAGACGACUGGCAGAAUGGCAUGCCGUGGUACCAUGUAUAGCAUCAGCAAGGGAGGCCCUAUCCACCGAGAUUAAUGGGAGCGAGCAGCUUGGAAUAUCUGCACCAACACCCAGUAAAAAAGAUCCUGCAUUGCAGGCAGCCAUUGAUAACGCUGCUCCGGGAAAGCCGGCUCCUAAUGUCUGGACGGUCAUGCAGAAAUGGAUAUACGCACUCCCAGUCUCCACAGAAGCACAAAAAGCUCGACAAGCAAACCUCCAAAAGGAAUUAACUAAACUGGUUAGCGAGUUUAGCAAUCGGCCAGGUCUAGGAAAAGACAGUCUUGUAUUUGCCCACUGCGACUUAUUAAGUGGUAAUGUAAUCGUGCGGCCCCGUCCAGCAGGAGCAGCAGAACCGAACGCGCCAGAGACAGUCAGUUUCAUCGAUUACGAAUAUGCAACACCCUCACCUGCCGCAUUUGACAUUGCUAACCACUUUGCGGAAUGGGGUGGAUUCGAGUGCGAUUAUAGUCUACUGCCAACAAAGUCCCAGAGGCGCGAUUUCAUACGUGAAUACAUCCGAAGCUACUUCACCCACUUGAAAAGUGGCCAAGCCGAUAAUGAUGAGGAAACUGAGGUCAAUCGACUUUUCGAGGAAGUAGAUGUCUUCCGAGGGAUCCCCGGGUUCUAUUGGGGUAUCUGGGCUCUCAUCCAAGCCACCAUUUCGCAAAUCGACUUUGACUAUGCAUCAUAUGCAGAGAUCAGACUGAGCGAAUACUGGGCAUGGAGGGAAGAGUGUGAUGGAAGUCGAGCGGCUUCUGGGCGAGAUAUGCCUCUUAGAGAGCGACGAUGGGCUCAGGAAUCUUGA